CGGUGUCCCUGCGCGCCCCGCACCAGUCCCGUCCCGCGGUGGCCCCGCCCGAGGGCCCUGGGGCCCAGCCCGCCGCCCUAUAAAGGGCCCCGCCGCCGCCGCCGCCGCGCUCCCGGCCCGAGGAUGGCGCCCGUGGGCGGCAGGAAGGCCCGGAGGGGCAUCCUAGAACGUUUAAACUCUGGAGAAGUUGUGAUUGGAGAUGGAGGGUUUGUCUUUGCACUGGAGAAGAGGGGCUAUGUGAAGGCGGGCCCUUGGACCCCGGAAGCUGCUGUGGAACAUCCAGAAGCAGUUCGCCAGCUUCAUCGGGAGUUCCUCAGAGCUGGAUCCAAUGUCAUGCAGACCUUCACCUUUUAUGCAAGUGAAGACAAGCUGGAGAACAGAGGAAACUAUGUUGCAGAGAAAAUAUCUGGGCAGAAAGUCAAUGAAGCUGCUUGUGACAUUGCCCGGCAAGUGGCUGACGAGGGAGAUGCUUUGGUGGCAGGAGGCGUGAGUCAGACACCCUCGUACCUUAGUUGCAAGAGUGAAACUGAAGUUAAAAAAGUAUUUCAGCAACAGUUGGAGGUCUUUGUGAAGAAGAACGUGGAUUUCUUGAUUGCCGAGUAUUUUGAGCACGUUGAAGAAGCUGUGUGGGCAGUUGAAGCCUUGAAAGCGUCUGGGAAGCCUGUAGCAGCAACCAUGUGCAUUGGCCCAGAGGGAGACUUGCACGGCGUGAGCCCCGGCGAGUGUGCAGUGCGCCUGGUUAAAGCAGGAGCUUCCAUCGUUGGCGUGAACUGCCAUUUCGACCCCACGAUUAGCUUGCAGACAGUGAAGCUCAUGAAAGAAGGCUUGGAUGCUGCCCGACUGAAAGCCCACCUGAUGAGUCAGCCGUUGGCCUACCACACUCCUGACUGCAACAAACAGGGGUUUAUCGAUCUACCAGAAUUCCCCUUCGGACUGGAACCCCGAGUUGCAACCAGAUGGGAUAUUCAAAAAUACGCUAGAGAAGCCUACAACCUGGGGGUCAGGUACAUUGGCGGGUGCUGUGGAUUUGAGCCCUAUCACAUCAGGGCUAUUGCUGAGGAGCUGGCCCCAGAAAGGGGGUUUUUGCCUCCAGCUUCAGAAAAACACGGCAGCUGGGGAAGUGGUUUGGACAUGCACACCAAACCCUGGAUUAGAGCCAGGGCCAGGAGGGAAUACUGGGAAAAUCUUCGGAUAGCCUCUGGCAGGCCAUACAACCCUUCAAUGUCAAAGCCUGACGCUUGGGGAGUGACCAAAGGAACAACUGAGCUGAUGCAGCAGAAGGAAGCCACAACUGAGCAGCAGCUGAAAGAGCUCUUUGAAAAACAGAAAUUUAAAUCUGCACAGUAGCCUCAGUGGAACCCAUUUUUAGUAACUUCUAUGUUUGGGCCACAGUUCCCCAAAAUAAGGAAAAGAUGGUUUCAAAGUGAUGCUUAUCUUCAUGCCAGGCUUCACAUAAAAUAGGUAGUAGCUGAACAAAAUGGAACUACAAAUAGCACUUGAGAACUUUAAAAAUAUAUUUUAGAAAUUUACUUAGAGUAAGUAUAAAUAAGUAAGAAGUAAAUCUUAAGCAGGGCCCCUCUACUGCGUAAUGUAUUAGGGAAAUCACUGUGGCCAGGGAAAAGUAAUUCAGAUAUUCAUCCCCACUGCCAAAAGUUUGCAGGCUAGUAAGGAGGAUGAGAUGUGAGCUGAUGAGACAGCGACAGACAAUGCUCUAGGGAAGUGACUUCCAAGUUCUUUUGAACUUGACCCUUAGUAAGAAACAAAAGUUAGGUGAUAACCCAGUAAAGCAAAUAUCAUAUACCCACUGAAAUAAAAUUUGUGAUCCAUUUUGA